CGACCGGCUUACUUAGUUGUUGCUGAUUUCGAGUCAAGUUAAGUAAGUGAUUCGAUAAUAGCAAGAACAUAAACGAUGGCAGCGUACGAUAUCAAGGGAAAAAUAGCUCUGGUUACCGGUGGAGCAAACGGUAUUGGUCUGGCAUACGUAUGGGAAUUGUUGAAAAAUGGACUUAAGAACGUUUCCAUCGUGGAUAUCAACAAGGCAGGAUCCGAAGUCGCUAGUCAAAUCAACAAACAGUACGGAGAUGGUACCGCUAUUUUCAUUGAAACCAAUGUCAUCGACAAGACUAAAUUAGCAGCUGCUUUCGAACAGACAUUCAAGACAUUCAAUGGUUUGGACAUCGUUAUUAAUAAUGCUGGAAUCAUGUGGGAUGCAGAUUAUGAGAAGGAAAUUGCUUUAAAUAUUGGUGCCCUUACUGAAGGCAGCCUGCUCGGCCUAAAGUAUCUAGGCAAGAACAACGGAGGCAAAGGGGGAGUGAUAGCGAACAUCGCCUCCAUUUUGGGCCUGCAAAAACUCUCCGGCUGCCCAAUCUACGUGGGUACGAAGCAUUACGUGGUUGGACUGACCAGAUCCUUCGGGACCCCGUACUACUGGGACUUAACCGGUGUCAAAUUCGUCACCAUGUGUCCUGGUGUGACUGAUACCCCUUUGAUCUCCGAAGCUAGUAAAUUUGCGCUGCAGGGAUACCCCAAGUUGGGAGAACUAUUGGCCAAUGAAUUGGGAUCUUUACCGCCACAACCGACUGAGAAUGUGGCGAAAGGAAUGAUCACACUGAUCACCAAGGGAGAAAACGGCAGUGUAUGGGUCUCAGAAGGCGGCCAACCCGUGUACGAAGUUGCCAUUCCAGACAGAACCACCCUCCGCAAAAACUAACCAAGAAGACUGCGAAGUAUUUUUUCUUAUUUUAAAAAUUGCACUGAUCUUUUAAUGUUGUACAAAUUUAUGUAAUUUAGAUAUAUUUACUUUAAAAUAUAAUAAUAUAAAGCUUUAUGCACGUAAUU